AAAUGACAUUUGUAACUAAAAGAAAGAAAGACUUCGUUUUGCUUGCAUGUAAAAUAGGAGUAGCCGUUUUGAAAGAUUAGUCACAAAGCAACGAAAUGCUUCCUGGUUGUGGGUCAAGAAUUUGGCUUCAAGGAAUGUAUUGCCGCCGGCAUGUUAUUGAAAUUUGAACUUAUUUGUAUGGUACACAAUGAACCGUGCUAAUAACAUCGCUCAGAGCUCCCAACUACACAUAACUUCGGAUAAUGGUGUUCCUAAUAGCACUCCAAUGAGAAUCGCUACUAGAGCUGCACCUGCUCCACCUGCACCCACCCAUCAAAAUGGACGUGAAACUGACGACUUGCAAGAUCUUAAAGGGAAAGUCGAAUCCAGAUUGCUGUCUAUGUGGAACAACGUUAAGUUCGGUUGGACUGUGAAAUUGAAGACUAGUUUUUCAAAAGAAUCACCAGUAUGGCUUUUAGGGCGGUGCUAUCAUCGAAAGUUAAGCCCGACCGGUUCCUUGGAGUCCUCUACAGAGAUCGGUAUGGAAGCCACAGCACUUCAACCCAUGGAACAAAUUUAUGGUGAAGGAAUUGAAGGAUUCAAGUCUGAUUUUGUAAGUAAAAUAUGGAUGACCUACCGAAGAGAGUUUCCUACAAUGUCAGGUUCUUCAUUCACCACAGACUGUGGGUGGGGCUGCAUGUUGAGGAGUGGACAAAUGUUACUAGCACAAGCACUAGUGUGCCAUUUCCUUGGAAGAACUUGGCGCUGGACUCCUGAAAAGCCUAUUCAAAAUGCAAGAGAAUUUCAAGAAGACUGCCUUCAUCGAAUGAUAAUAAAAUGGUUUGGAGAUAAGUCAUCAGUGAACAGUCCCCUCUCCAUCCACCAGAUGGUAAAGUUAGGGGAAAACUUGGGCAAAAAACCUGGAGAUUGGUAUGGACCAGCUUCUGUUGCCCACUGCUUGCAGGCCGUGCUAAAUGCUGCUUCUAAAGAAAAUUAUGAAUUUGAUUCCUUAGAAGUUUAUGUUGCUCAAGACUCUACUGUGUAUAUCAAAGAUAUACAAGAUUUAUGUAAGCUACCCAGUGGAAGCUGGAAGUCCCUGAUACUACUGGUGCCUGUCAAGUUAGGCACUGAUAAGUUGAAUCCUAUUUAUGGGCCCUGCCUGACUUCUCUCUUAACCCUGGACUUUUGUAUUGGGAUUAUUGGUGGGCGGCCUAAGCAUUCACUUUACUUUGUUGGCUAUCAAGAUGAUAGAUUAAUACAUUUAGAUCCACAUUACUGUCAAGAGAUGGUUGAUGUUUGGCAGCCCAACUUUGCCAUGCAGUCCUUCCACUGCCAUUCUCCAAGAAAGAUGCCUAUUAGUAAAAUGGAUCCCUCAUGCUGUAUUGGAUUUUACCUUGCUACUGAGCACGACUUUGAGACAUAUAUAAACAUAAUCAAGUCUUUUCUCAUCCCUCAGGGAGUAUCAUCAAACAAUGAAUACCCAAUAUUUUCAAUACACCCUGGCUCCCGUAGUUCAGUCAUGAACCCCCCAAACAUAAGAUACUCAAUUUAUGAAUCAGAGCAGAACUGGGUGACUCCCAGCAUCAAUGACAGUGAUACAGACAUCGAGUCGGAGGAAUUUGUUUUAGUUUAGUUUACUUAUAUUAGUUAUACCAAAUAUUAUGAUUGCAAUUAUUGUGUAUAUCAGUUAUUUUAAAGUAGAUCAUUUUAUUGGGUACUGCAUUAUCUGUAAGGUUUUUUUAGUUAAUUUAUUGAUGUUAUUAAUUAUUAUGUUUAUUGUAAUGAAGAUCUCUGUGUGCUGUAAUAUAUGUUCAUGCUCACUUGAGUGUAUAUAACAUGAUUAGUGAUACACAAGGUCGACACACAUGCGCUUAUCAUAGGAACAUUUCUGGUAAAUAACAGAAUGUAUGUACUUAAAACUUUCGUAUCAUAAUAUUAUUAUUCAUUUCCACUAAGGCUCAUGCAUUUCAAGGUCUAGUUACCUGCUAGUUUUUUAAUAACUUAUAUUGCUAAAAAGUAUUAGGUUUUAUUUUAUACAAAUCAAUAUAAAACUAGGAUGAGUAUAAAAUCUUGAAAUAGAGGCUGCUAUGCAAUAUACAAGUAAAACUGGUAAUGUUAAAUGAAUAACCAUUUAUCAGUCUGGAUAUUGCAUUGUCAAACAGUAUCCAAAUGUAAUAC